GUGUGCGCCGUGUGCCUCGGAAGACACAACCACAAGUUCAUCGAAUGCUCCGCAGAAUGGCUGUGGGACGGCACCAUGCUCACCGUUGCUACUUGGACAAACAAACAACUCCUCCUACGCAGCUCCGAGAAACCCUUAUGCGUCGAUUGGCAAAGAGCCCGCUGCAUCAGCCAGUCCCACGACGAUCACCAUGUCUGCUCCGGUUGUCUGUCAACCUCUCACGGCGCUCAGAACUGCUCUCGAGCUCAGAAA